AGUAACAUGAUUAAGGCUGUAUUCUUCGUUUGCGCUCAAGCGCUUUUGAUCCAGUCUAUCGCUGGACAGUGUAUUGGACCCAGACUGGCCGCUCCAUGCGGUACUGCUUGGGCAGCUGCUCCCUUGGCAGCUCCCUGUGCAUUUGAAGCUGCUGCCGUCCCAGCUUCGAACGGCGGUGGACUCGACGUAUUAAGUGCAUCUGCCAUACCACCAAGUGGAGUAUCAGUUUUAUCUGAAAACGCCAUUGAAGGAGCUCUCGCAGUGACCGGUGCUCUGCCGUUCUUAGGAACUGUGGCUUUAGAAGGUGCUCUGCCGACUGCUGGUGCUGGUGCUGUCAAUUACGCCUGUGGUAGUGGAGUCGUCACCAUAGUGGCUGAGGAUAUUGCCCCCGCUGGAAUAGCUGGUCCACUUGGCUUGGGUGUUGGUCCUCUGGCUGUUGAUGCUCUCGGCUACGGUCCCCUCGGCUACGGUGUCGGACCUCUCGCUGGACCUUACGCUCGCGCUGGUUGCGGUUGCGGUGCUCACAUAUAAAAUAUAAUAAUAUAAAAGCUUUAAUAUUUUCAACGUACUUAUAUCACAUU